AUGGGCUGGCCGUCGGCACAUGAAGUUUCUCCCAUAGUGCCUACGGCUUCCACGUCGCCACCGGUGAAGAAGGGCAAGAUGAUCGUCGCCGGGUCGUCUUCUGACGCCGCGGCCGAUUCCGCCGCAGUUGACGCAUCCGUGCCAUCCGUGAAGCAGCAGGCCUCGGCGGUGAACCGGUGCGCGACGUGCCGCAAGAAGGUGGGGCUGCUGGGUUUCCGGUGCCGUUGCGACGGCACCUUCUGCAGCGUGCACCGCUACUCCGAGAAGCAUGAGUGCGGGUUCGACUACAAGAGCGCCGGACGGGAGCAGAUCGUCAAGCACAACCCGAUUAUAGUUGCUGACAAGAUCACCCGAAGGAUCUGA